CACUUAAAUCUCCCAAAAUCUUUCCCUGCUUGGUUUCACUUCCACGUUCUGUGUGCGUGCGUGUGUGCGCGUGCUUGUGUUUGUGAGAGGGAAAGAGAGAGCGCUCAGGCGAGCUGCAUCGUGCCUGCGUCAUCCGGCCCCUUCAUUCAUGAAAAGUGUGACGUCAGCAGCAGCCCCAGCGCAACGAACGCCCACUCAGCUGCUGCGGCUGCAGAGAUCUCCAUCUCUCUCUCUCUCUCCCUUUCUCUCUCGCUCCGCUGACUGAUUCUGCUGUGUCUUUGCUGGAGGACGAUCUGUCAGCUGCGUGUCCUAAACUUGAACAGAAGUUGUCAGUAAAGCCUCGUCGCACGCUUCCUGUGGGUCGGGCAUCUGCCCAUGCACACGCACGGCACCAUGGGUAGCUCCCCGGAGGUGCUGUCCUGGACUUCCUGUCCCAGCCUGCUGGUGGGGAAACUGAAAGAGGAGCUCAAGCUGACUGUCGGGGAUACCAUGAAGAAAACCAAUAGCAACGUUUCUCCCCAAGCCCUGCCCCCUCCUCCUCCCCCACCACAGAUCAUUACAGACUUGGCUCCGCCCACCACUCUUCCGAUGCCGUUGCAACAGCUGCAGCUCCCAUGCAAGGAUGACGAGCUCUGUGGAACCAGUCCUCCGUGCACCGCCCUGAGCGAGGACUCCACCAGGGAACAUGGACACUUUGAAAACAGCGUACUACAGCUCCAGGAGCACGAGGAGACCGAAUCGCCCGGCUCCUGUGGUCAGGGAGGGUGCGGGAGCGGUGGCGAGGAGAAAAAUGAAGAGGGGGGAUGUCCGAUGGACCACAACUGUGAUGACACGCACCACCAUCCUCACGAUGACAUCAAACUGCACUUUCAUAGAGCCGGGAAUGGGGGCUUCCUCGAGGGGCUGUUCGGAUGCUUGAGGCCAGUGUGGAAUAUCAUCGGAAAGACGUAUUCGACCGAGUACAAACUGCAGCAGCAAGCAGAAAUGUGGGAGGUGCCCUUCGAGGAGAUCUCUGAACUGCAGUGGCUAGGGAGCGGUGCUCAAGGAGCGGUGUUCCUCGGGAAGUUUCAUGAUGAAGAAGUAGCGAUUAAAAAAGUCAGAGAGCAAAAAGAAACCGAUAUUAAACACCUUCGCAAGCUGAAGCACCCAAACAUCAUCAGCUUUAAGGGUGUAUGCACACAGGCCCCGUGUUUCUGCAUUAUUAUGGAGUACUGCGCACAGGGACAGCUAUAUGAGGUCCUCCGGGCGGGACGCAAGAUCUCACCGCAGUUGCUGGUGGACUGGGCUUCAGGGAUCGCCAGCGGCAUGAACUACCUGCAUCUCCACAAGAUCAUCCACAGAGACCUCAAAUCACCAAAUGUGUUAGUUACUCAAAGCGAUACGGUGAAGAUCUCAGACUUUGGUACAUCUAAAGAGCUCAGCGACAAGAGCACGAAGAUGUCAUUUGCGGGCACCGUGGCCUGGAUGGCACCGGAAGUCAUCCGCAAUGAGCCUGUGUCGGAGAAAGUAGACAUCUGGUCUUUUGGAGUUGUGUUAUGGGAACUCCUGACAGGUGAGAUUCCCUAUAAGGAUGUGGAUUCCUCUGCCAUUAUCUGGGGUGUUGGCAGUAACAGCCUACACCUACCUGUACCUUCCACCUGUCCUGAUGGUUUUAAAAUACUCAUGAAACAAACCUGGCAGGGUAAGCCCAGGAACCGGCCGUCCUUUAGGCAGAUUCUUCUACACCUGGAUAUCGCCUCUGCUGAUGUGCUCGGGACACCACAAGAAACCUACUUCAAAUCUCAGGGUGAAUGGAGAGAGGAGGUGAAAAAACAUUUUGAGAAGAUUAAGAGUGAAGGUACCUGCAUCCAUCGACUGGAUGAGGAGCUGAUUCGGCGUAGGCGAGAUGAACUCAGACAUGCUCUGGACAUUCGUGAGCAUUAUGAAAGGAAACUGGAGAGAGCCAAUAACUUGUACAUGGAGCUCAGUGCCAUUAUGCUUCAGCUGGAGGUGCGAGAGAAAGAGCUGCUCAAGAGAGAGCAGGCGGUGGAGAAAAAGUAUCCUGGCUCAUACAAACGCCACCUCGUUCGGCCCAUCGUCCGGCCCAACGCUGUCGAGAAGCUCAUUAAGAAAAAGAGUGCCAUCAACCAUAAACCUGGCACACAGACAUCUAAGAGGCCGGAUCUGCUGCGCUCCGAUGGCAUUCCCAGCGUAGAGCCGCUUUCUGCUCCAUCUCCACUGUCAGGCAGUCCAAAAGUGUCCACGCCCCCCGGAAAGAAUCGUUACCGCAGUAAACCCCGUCAUCGCAGAGCAAACAGCAAGGGUAGCCACAGCGACUUCCCCGGUGCUCUGAAACCCAAUACCGGCCCAGAAGAGCAACAACCCCUGCAGGAACAAAACUAUCACCACCACCAUCCCGAGGGUCCCCCGCUUCCAGUACAGAACAGGGUGAACGCCGUGGUCAACUGCGCCAACAACCUGCGGUACUUCGGCCCGGCCGCCGCCCUACGCAGCCCGCAAACCGACCACCUCCAACGGAGGCUUUCCGGCUCCAGCCCAGAUCUCAUCUCCACAGCUGUGGACGCCGAUUUACGGCACCGAAGGUCCUCCGUACCCCCCGCCGCGGGGUCUGGGCCGGGACCGCUGUGUCCCUGCUGCCAGGCGCAUCCCUUUCCCGGCUGCAUGCACUGCCAGGAGACACCCGCUGCCCCCAGCCACCCCCAACUGCCUCACUACUCACUGCUGAGCACGUGUGAGGGGACGCCACCCGCCGUCAAAAAACCGCUGGGAUCCACAUCUGACGUCCAGGGAAAUGAUGAACGGCCGGAUCAGGGAUCUCCACGAGUAGGCUUGCUGCACACGCUCAGACCCCUCAGGAACGGGAGGGAUGAGUCCUCUGAGGAAGAGGAGGGUGAGGUUGACAGUGAAGUGGAGUUUCCACGGAGACAAAGGCCUCAUCGUUGCAUGAAGAGUUUUCAGUCGUACUCCACCUUCAGUUCGGAGAAUUUGUCGGUGUCGGACGGUGAGGAGGGGAACACCAGCGAUCACUCGCGCAGCGGACCGCUGGAGCAGUUGAGCGGCAGUCAGGAGGAACAUCUGGAUGAGCUCCUGUCUCACACCCCUGAGAUUCCCAUCGAUAUUUCCAUGCAGUCUGAUGGUCUGUCUGAUAAAGAGUGUGCCGUGCGGCGGGUGAAGACUCAGAUCUCGCUGGGGAAACUGUGUGCUGAUGAGCACAGCUACGAGAAUCCACUUCAGUUUGGAGAUUCAGACUGUGAUACCUCAGAUGCAGAAUGCUCUGACGCCACCAUCAGGAACAAACAGCCCUGUGCACCCUCAUCCUGGUGAGCUCCAGACCCGCCCUCAGGGUGGAGCCUUUGGAAGAAAACACGGCAAUAAUCGGAGCCUGCUAUAAACAGCCAUGUCCCUUGACCCAUAUUGUCUUGAACCAGGAACCGGAGCCACCCAUAAUCCUCCUUCCACCCUCCCUUCCUCUCUGAGCGAGCAACCUCAGGCAGAUUCUUCUGAAGUGAAACUGUAGCUAGUGUAACGUGCAUCAUUUAUUUUAUUAUGAGCUAACGCAGACAAAUUCAGGAACGGAAAUUGUGGAGUAUUAGCACUGAAGUGUUCCCAACAAUGAACUCUAUACAAGUUUAGUUUAGCAGUCGUGUUAGUUAGAUAGAGUACUGUAUGUUUGUGAAGGAUGUUUUUGGGAAUGUGGUCACGGGACGUCUUACUGUAAAUGACUCUGGCUGGUCAGCUGUGUCCGCUGGCAACUACCCGCUACUUCCUGAGUUUACAGAAAUUGCGCCCUAUGCCCUAGUGAGGGCAACUUUUGCUUAAGCACCAGCAGGAGCUCAAUCCCUCCUCCUUACUGACUUCCAAAACAUUGGAAUAGAUUUCCCAGCAUUCCUGCUUGGUCCACAUAUAAUGAGCCAAUCAGACUGCUGCUGCGGACAACAGGACGUGAGUGAAAUAUUAUAACAGCUGCUGUCACAGAACAACGUCUUCUAUGAACAAAUCAGUGUUAAAAACCUGGGCCGAACCAAAGCAGCAUUUCUCUCGUCUCAGGACUGCGUCUGAAGAGAUGCUGUGGACGGCCAGAGGAAUGAAAGGUUGUUUCAACGGUGCAAAAGUGUGACGCUAAACGUUUCUCGCUUAUGUCACAUUUAUCAUGACACGAAAGCCAACGAUGUAGAUAUUCUGGAGAUGCAGUGUCCUGAGUCAGGAGAAUUACUUUCCUUAAACUAUUCCUUUAAUCAAUGCUUGUUUAAUGUGGAUUAGUUGUGUGUGUGUAUAUGGUUAGGAUUAAUGGAGAUGAGUCAGAAGCACAGAUCUUGUGGUUUAGUUUAAGUGCGGUGAAUGAAUCAGCAAUAACACAGGUUAUGUGCUCAGGCUUUGAGAAUCGCUCGCUCAGGUCGACUGUCUAGCAGGCUGGACAGAUUUACUGCUGCGGUAAACGUUGGAAUCAAAAAAUGAUCUCUAUUUUUACAGGUUUGUGUUCAUUAUUUUCACACAUUGUUUUUUUUAUAGGAAAAAUUGCUAAAUGAAAGUAACACAUAAAAUUAAUUGCGUGUAUUUUGCUGGUUUAAUGCUCAGGUUAAAUGCUUUAUAGUGCACACGAGUCUCCACUAAAACACGUCCGUCUGUUUAUUUUGAACGUUUAGGACCAACUGCAGAUUAUUUUGGCCAAAUGCUCACUGCAAAUUUUUGUGACAAAAGCAUUUAAAUCGGUGAGAGAAUCUCUUGAAUUAUUUUUAUAUAAUAGAAAAUGCAUACAUGGAUAAAGGCAUCUGUUAAAGGGGACAUAUCAUGCAAAUCUGACUUUUUCCAUGUUUAAGUGCAUCAACCUAGAAAAUGUGAAAAAGAUAAAAAAAACUUGGUUUUAGUGAACCAUUAUCUGCAAGCAUGUGAAAAAAUAGCUCAUUGAUAUUUGGCUCUCAUUAUGAUGUCAUAAGGAGAUCUUAUUAUAAUAAUACCGCCCUUUAAGCUGCACUAUCCAACCACAGCACUGCUAUUUAGUGCAGAUAGAGACAAAAUAAUUCACAGCACAACUGAGUUUAAAUUUCAACAAACCACCAUUAUGGUGAUCAGUGUUUGCAUUAUCAGCUCAUUUGCAUUUUAACCCUUGUGCCUUGUUGCAAUUCACUACCCUUUCGUGUAAAAAUGUAUCAGAUUAAUAUUUUUUUCACAUUUUUUUGCAUUAAUCUGUUAAUCAACCUCACUACGGAUCAAAACUACCAAAUGUUUCCAAAAAUGUCAUGAUUUUAACUCUUUAAUUGCCAAGCUCAUAAGUGAUGCCACUGAUUUGAGAAAAAACCCACACAAAAUCACUGAUUUUCAAUAUAAAAAGUGAUUGUGGACUAGAUUUUUUUUUACCUUUUUUACAGUCUUGGGCAUGCCAAAGAUUAGUAAAAACAUUGGCUUUGAUGCAUUUUUAGUUUUUGUGCAGCAUCAGAUUAAAUUUUUUCUCCCUUAUUUAUUGUUUGUGGCCAUUUUUCCCCAUUGACUUCCAUUAUAAAAACAUUUUUUUGCAGAGCCAUUACACCUUAUUAUCAUGCAUUUUAGAUUUUUUGUGGCUUUUGCAAAGAGGUAAAAUUUGUCAUUUUUACUGUUGAACACAAUGUGGCACUAUUAACCCUUUAUAUUGAAAAUCGGUCAUUUUGUGUGUUUUUUUCCCAAAUCAGUGACACCACUUAUAAACUUGGC